ACGACGACGGAACUGCUGAUUAAGGCUGGAUACGUGAGCCAGCCGAAUGCAGGGCUGACGCAUUGGCUUCCGCUGGGGCUGUCUACGAUCCGCAACAUCGAGGAGAUCAUCCGCAAACACCACGACAAGGCCGGGUGUCAGGAGGUGUCGUUGUCUGUGAUGUCACACCAGUCGCUGUGGGACAAAACCGGGCGCUGGCAGAACGACGAGCUGUUCAAAGUGGGCGAUUUCUGUCUUGCUGCCACGGCAGAGGAGGAAAUGACACAACUGGUCCAGCGGACGGCCGACAGUUACAAGAAGCUGCCUGUGAUUGCCUACCAAAUUGGCCGCAAGUAUAGGAACGAAAAACGGCCAAGAGGUGGGCUCCUACGCGGCCGGGAAUUUGUGAUGAAAGAUGCGUACUCGUUCGACGUGGACCAGUCCAGCGCAUUGCGGUCGUUUGAAAAAAUGAACCAGGUGUACUACGACAUUUUCAAGGAGCUUAAUGUGCCGUUUGUAAAGGCCAAUGCGGAUUCUGGCGCGAUUGGUGGCGACUUAAGUUACGAGUGGCAUUUUCUAAGCGAGUCGGGCGAGGACACCCUUUUGGAGUGUGACGCGUGCGGUGUUGUGGGCAAUGUCGAGCGGGUGAGGCCGCACCUUGCGGGAGGCCAUCUUGCUGACGAGGCAGAGGUGAGCUAUCAUCUUACGAGGGAAAACGAUCUGUGUCUAAUCUAUUAUCCUAAAGGCCGGACGGUGAACUUUAAAUUCCUAAAUGACGAAGAUCUGGUGGAGUUGCGCACAGACAUCAGCUCCGAGGAGGCUGUGCAGACCUACAAGCGAUCUGGCGACAGCGAGUUCCGGAACAUUGUCCGGAUUAUGGACGUUGGCGUCGGCCCCGGCACGCUGCUACCAGACCUGGAGGUGGCCUAUUCUCGGUCGCGAAUGACCACAUUUGAGGGCGUUCCGCUGACAGAGGCACAGGCCGGCGAUGUGUGUGCGCUGUGCGAGGCGGGAAAGCUGAAGAGCUUCAAGGGAAUUGAAGUUGGCCACACGUUUUAUCUGGGCAAACGGUACAGCGAGCCAUUGGACGCUGGAUUUGUGGACUCUGAGGGUCGCAGACAGCACUACGAAAUGGGCUGCUAUGGCAUUGGCGUGAGCCGGCUAGUUGCGGCCAUCGCAGAAGUCACAAGAGACACACACGGUCUGCGGUGGCCGGCCAGCGUGGCACCUAUCCAGGUGGAUAUUGUCGUGGCUGGGUCGUACACUGGCGACCUUGGAACAGUGGAGAAAUUCUGUUCCCAGCUGGACGGGCUGCGGUACCGCGUCGACGCCACAGAGGGCCAUCUGGGCGAGAAAUUGGCGCGGUCUAAAAGGCUGGGCACGCCUCUGCAGGUAAUUAUCGGCAAACAGUACCCGAAAAUCGAGAUCGAACUGCGUGGGCUCCGU